GAAGUCGAGUUCAAUGUGCUGCAAGAGCUGUAAACCAAGAUGGUGAUCCAGGUUUAGAGUUGGAAAGUAUACCAGUUACCAUUUCCGCAUCCGGUGGGCUGUGCUCACCUCGCAUUGAAGGAUCCACUGGUGCUGAACCAUUUACUGCCAAGCUGAGGUAUACAGGUCCAGAUGAUCAGGAGCACCCCAAUCUAAUAAAACUGACCGUAGUCAUUCCUCAUCGAGAUGGGAUGCUACCGGUCAUUUCUACGCAACCCUUGACCAACUUCGAGCUGACCCUAAGUCCAGAUAGUUUGAGGGUGGGCACUCACAAAUGCUCUAAUUUACUAAACUACCAGGAAGUCCGCACCAAAUAUGGGUUCUUGACUAACGACACAAAAGACGCUAACAUUAUCGGUGAAGUGGAACCUUACCAGUAUAGUGCAGACCUGAGAACAGAACCCACACUCAGGUUCUACCGGAACUUAGACCUGGAAUCUUGUAUGUGGGAGUUUUCAGCUUUCUUUGAUAUGUCAGAACUGGUGACAGACUGUGGUGGUUCCAUCAGCAGUGAUGGACAGGUUUUGAAUCUCGUUCAGUCAUUCGUAUCUGUUCGGGUUCCGUUGUAUGUAUCUUAUAUAUUUCACUCCCCUGUUGCAACUGGAGGUUGGCAACACAACGACUUAACGUCACACUUGCGUCUUACAUUUGUCUACGAUACCGCCAUCUUGUGGAAGAACGGUAUUGGAGCACCUGAAGAAUCACAACUUCAAGGUAAUCUCUACCCUACUGGCAUGAGGAUUCGUGACGAUGGAAGGCUGGCUGUGAACUUUAAGACGGAACCUCGGUUCAAAGGCCAAUUUGUACUCAGUCAUCCAGGUAAAUGGAAAUUUCUCUUUAUAUUCACUUCACCGAAAUGCAGUCUAAUCAUUAUAGGUUUUAUAUUCGCUUUUCAAUCAGUUCGAGAUUACUCUGGAAACUAUGACAUCAAGUUGAUUCCAUGCACUGCUACAGACGAUAUGGAAUAUUCCCGGCCUCUAGAGUGUAACCCUCGUGACCCAAUCACAUUUGACCUACAGAUUCGAUUCCAGCAGGUUAGUGAUCCGGUUCCAGCGGAGUUCAGUUUAAACACCCAGUUCCACCUGAUGCGUAAGAAAGCCCUUUGGUUAUCGGAUGGUUCCAUGGGUUUCGGAGAGGAUUCGGAUGUUUCUUUUGUACCAGGAGACACAAUCUACGGACGCAUCAUGGUAGAUCCAGUCCAAAAUCUAGGAGAUUCUUUUUACAUGACAAUUGAGAAGUGCUUCCUUUGUACUGGAGAAGAUGGUUACAUACCCAAGUACAAUCCUGAGAACAACGAAUACGGAUGUGUGGCUGAGUCUCGUAAUUUGCUGCAUACUUUCAAAAUCAUAGACAGGGGUGCUCCUAACACAGUGAAAAGAAAUUUCAGAAAUGUAUCUUUCAAUGCUGUGCUGGCUGUGGAUGACAGAGAACCGGAAGUCGAUCAUCUGAAUCACCAGCCAGGUGCUGAUGGUUUCCGUUUUCAUUCCGCCCCACUGUUUCAAGUGUCGUCUGGGACACAGUGGUUUGUUCACUGUAUCUAUACUGUUCGUUCUAAAAAGAAUGCUGCCAGGGGAAUCGGAAAACGAAGUAUUCCAUAUCAUAUUUUGCAAAAUACAGCUCAUACCCUCUCACGGCGUAAGAGGGCGCCAAAAGACGUAGACGAGAUCGGCAAAGAUGGGCUUGGAACCAAUAUGAACCGCAUUGUGCUCAACUACAGAAGAGACACCCUAGCAACGUCGGAAAAGGGAAAUACGGGUGACAAAGGUGUGCAGCAAAUUGGUCCCAACAAUAAAUCCAGCAACACCGAUAUCCCUCUUAUCCCAGUCAUUGCUGGUGUCUCAUGUUUUCUCCUAGUCGUCGCUGUGGUUAUUGUUGUUUUUGUUCACAGAAAACGGAAGUCAAAAAAUAAACUCCCCCCUUCCCACGCGUCAACUAUCGUUACUUCGAAUGGGCAAACUCGACUUAUAUCCCCACAGCAUUUUAAGGUUAGCACUGCAGAUAACACCGAGGUUUAAAAUAAAAUGCGAGUAAUAAUACCAUUUGAAUUUAUAAAGUAAACAUUGAUAUGACGAACUUUGCUUUUAUGUGGAGAAAUUCGGUGUUGAACGUGAAUUUUAUAACAGGACGCGUGUGACUGAAGUUUUAAUCGACGAACUUUUAGGCACGGUUGCCGCGCUUGGUCCAUAAGUUAUGACGACCAACCUAUCUUUGCAAGAGCUUUAGAAAAGGCCGUCUUCGUUUGAUACAGCAACAGAGAAAGCUUCAGUGGAAUUUUGUAAUCUUUUGGAUAACGCAAAAUAACUUACCCUUUAGCGCAUGCGCUUCGUCUUCAACAGUGGACAAUUUUGAAUAUUCACCUAAACAAUCUUGUGUUUCUGGAAAGGUAGAGUAACAUUUGAAAACUGCAUAGGUUCUUUGUCUCUAAAUUUUACCAGGUUUUCUUGUGUUGGUGUUUUAUAAGUACUAGCGGUUUGUGCCAUAAUUAUAUUUCUUUGUGAUCGCUGUGUCAUUUACUCAAAUCCAAAGGUUCGUUCUAUUUGCAAAGCGGAGAAGGGUGUGUAGAAAGCUUUUGUAAAGUUUGAGUCUUUUAUUCGAUUUUUCAUUUAUAUUUUUGUUUGGUUAAAUGUUAAUGAAUCAAAAUCAGACGAACUUAACACUACGAAGUAUUGGCCCAAUAUAUUUCAUAAACACUCUCGACCCUCUUCAAUUUUGGUAGGUUUACGAUUUCUCAAGUCAAACUGAGUUUCUGUCUAAAAUUAAAACACAUUAUAAACAGAUCAGGUUCUUAAGUGACCAUUAUAAACAUUAUAAAUAGAUCAGAUUCUAAAAUGACCAUUACAAACAAUAUAAACAGAUUAAAUUCUAAAGAGAUCAUUACAAACCAUAUAAACAGAUCAGAUUCUAAAGUGACCAUUAUAAACAGUAUAAACAGAUUAAGUUCUAAAGUGAUGAAGAGAUUAAGACUAAAAAUCUUCAUCUUAAACUGUUUAAUUUCACGUUAAUUUCACUUGUGGUUUUUUUUGUACCCGAUUUAUUUCAUAUCUUAGCCCCCCAUUGAAUCAAAUUAGGCCCAACUAAUUUGCCACUUUGUUUGUAAAACUUUUCUUGAACUCCCCUAGUUUUCGCUGGCCUUCAGUAGGCGUAUAUUUGACAAGCUUUAUUCACUGCCAACUUUGGCUCCUGUAGACACGAAUUUUGACUUCAAUGCCUAUGCCAUCCAUACGAAACCCUCUUCGUAGUAACAAUUAGGUUGGAUGUUAUUAUUGUGCUUGUUUUUUUUUGUUUUUUUUAAAUAUCAAUUAAUACUU